AGACAUACUGUUCAACUGGCGGGAGUUGAUGGGCAGAGCAACCCAGGCGGGGGACGAGGGGAGAGGACGGGAGCUGCCGCCUGGGGGCUCCCCGCUCCCUCCGUGUGCGUUGUCGAGGACAAAUACUUGAAUGUGUGAUGGAUCCUGUGAGGGCUCAGCAGCUGGCGGCUGAGUUGGAAGUGGAGAUGAUGGCUGAUAUGUACAACAGAAUGACCAAUGCCUGCCAUCGCAAAUGCGUCCCUCCACACUACAAGGAGGCUGAGCUGUCUAAGGGAGAGUCUGUGUGCCUGGAUCGCUGCGUCUCCAAGUAUUUGGACAUCCAUGAGCGCAUGGGCAAGAAGCUGACGGAGCUCUCGAUGCAGGACGAGGAGCUGAUGAAGAGGAUGCAGCAGGGGGCUGGGCCGGCGUAACACAAACAAAUACACGCACACACUUUUGAUAAUGGACAACAUGCCCAUGUGCUUACCGCCCCCUUUUCCCCUACUUUGUGCCUGGACUCUGUGUUGAUCCCACCUUCUGCCAAUAAAAUGUUGAACAUUACAUUAUCUGUUAACUACCAAGUAUGCUGGAGUUUUCAUCCUUCCUUGCUAGGCCUGAUGGAAGAUGGGGGCAGUCUG